AAUCAGUGUAAAUCUGACUUGUAACAUGGGCGGCUCCAGUCUCCACGCGACACGUUGAAUGGUCAGGCCAGUUACAGCGCAUACUCGUAUUUUGACCCAAAGGUCAACAGCCCCUCUUCUCAGCCCACACAUUUUGAAUGGACUGUUGGAAUUUGAAAAGUAGAGGCCCCUCUGGGAUUUAAAACCCAAAACAUCACCGAAUGUAAACAAGCCUCAUCUGGUCUCACACUAUCUCCAGGCCCUGGAGACCAAUGUCAAGAUGGCCUCCCUUUUAAACCUCCCCUUCGUCUCCUACUUCCUCCCCUCGUCGAUGACAGCCUGGUCCACCUCGCUCAACCUUUUGUUUUUCUACAUGACCUGGACAACCUUGGUCCUCAGCCAGUCGCCCUUCAAGCUCGAGAUCCUCGGAACUUUGGGCAUCCGCCUCGUUUUCUGGCUGCUACCUUCUCUGGUCUUUCUCCUUUUCGACACGCUCUGCCCGGGCAUUUCGGUCUCGCUCAAGUACAAAGGCGCCGUCGAUUUGCAAGAUCGCAAUGUCCGUACGCACGCCCGCCUUCUAGGUCUAGGGUUACUCAACCUCUUGACUUCGACCGUCGUUCAGGUUCUUAUUUCCUUGGGCGUCAGCACCCUUUUUGGAGUGCCGGUUUUUCGGACAACGACUACCCUGCCGUUACCAUGGCAGAUGGCCAAGCACAUCGCCAUUUUGUAUUUGGGAAGGGAACUCUUAACCUACUACAUCCACCGCUUCGUCCUACACGCUCACCAUGAAACCUCGAAGCGCGGCUCCGGCUCUGGCUCCAGCUUAACCAACCGACUAACAAACUUGCACAUCCGCUACGCCCACGCCGGCAACAACCCCCCUUCUUCUUCUUCUUCUUCUACAACCUCGUCUUCCUGGCGCAGCAAACCUUCUUCAUCUCUUCUCCAACCAACGCAACCAACCCCCCUCACCCUCUUCACCGACCACCCCAUCCCCUCCCUCCUCCACCGUUUCCUCCCUCUUUACCUGCCUCCCCUUUUGUUGUCCCUCUCCUUCCACAUCUCCCCCUUACUCGUCCCCUACCUCCCUAUUUCCGCCAUCCCCAGCUCCACGCAUCACUUACAUCUCUUGACGAUGCACUUGUUUACGGUGCUGGUGACGCUGGAAGAGACCUUGUCGCUGGCGGGGUACACGACGCUGUUGACGCUGGUGCCGAUUCCGGGGGUGUUGGUGGGCGGGAUCGCGAAGAGGCAGGGUCGGCAUUUUGGGACGCUUGAAGGCAUGGGCGUGCAAGGAGGGACUAAGCAAGGAAAAGGAAGAACAAGUGGGAAUUUUGGGGCUUGGGGGUUAGUGGAUUGGGUAUUGGGCACGAGGCUGUUGAGGGAUGAGAGUAGGCAGGAUGGGGCGGUUGUUGUUGAGGGGGCUGAGAAUCGGGGGAGCAGUGGUGGUGGUGGUGGUGGUGCUAGGAAGGGUAGAAGUAAGGCUGGUGAAGGUGGAAGUGGAAGUGGAGGUGGGAGGCAGACGAGGAUGAGCGCGAGGAGACAGAGAGAGGAUUUGAGCAAGUCGUUGGAGGAGGAGAUUAAGCAGGUGGCUGAGGGAUUGAGGGAGGUUGGUGAGGGGUUUGUGGAUGGGAUCAAGGAGUUUGGGGAGGGGAUGGGGGUGAGGAGGAGUGGGAGGAUUAGGGAGAGGAGUACCCGGUCACAGUCCUUUGACGCAAUUGGUAGUAGCUCCAUGAUCGCGGGGGAAAACCAGACCGUCGUCAGCCCGACGCAUCUCAAAGCCUAG